UGUCAAAUUUACGUAGAGUAGGCUAGAUUCUGCGGAGAUUCUAGCGUCUGCUGUAGAUUUUUGUACCUGUUGUAGCUCUUUGUUAUAUUUAUUGAUAAAAGUUCUGAGGACGAAAUUUCUGAAAAUAGUGACGUGGAUAUGGAAGACAGUGACACUGACAGUGAUGAAACUGUAAACAAACAACGAAUUGCUCAUGAAAAUGCAAUGGCUAUGUGGAGAUGGAAGGCCAAGUGUGUUUGUUUGCUCUAUUUGUUGAUGAAACGUCGUCGUUUAAAGGCUUUACAAAAUUCUUAUCGACCAGUUGGUAGGCUGUGGACUAGAUUCCACAACUCUUCAAUACAACGGGAGCAGCAUUCACUGUGUACAACUGUCCUUCUUGCAGAGAAAAGUAUGGCAGAUUGCUUUACCUUCCGAAACAUCACUCGAAUGUCUCCAUCCAUGUUCAAUAAAUUGUUGAAAAUGGUUGGUCCAAAACUUUCAAAAAAAGACACAAAAAUGAGACGUUUAAUACCAGUUGGCCUAUUUCUGUUACAGAAUAAAGACUAGCACUCACAUUGAGAUUUCUUGCAUCUGGAGAUUGUAUGCGUUCACUGUCAUACGCUUUUCGUAUCGGACAUUCUACGGUUUCAGAAAUUGUUCGUGAAACUUGUGAAAAGAUUUUUGAAACCCUUUCUCCGAUAUAUCUCAAACAGCCUGAUUCCAAUGGAUGGAAAAAAAUAGCAAACGAGUUUUUAAAAAUUUGGAAUUUCCCUAAUUGUAUUGGGGCCGGCGACGGGAAACAUUUUGCGAUUCCUGUCCUAGCAAUAGUGGAUCAACCUGGUACAAUUACAAAGGUUUUCACAGUAUGGUUAUGUUCGCAAUUUGCGAUGCCAAUUAUUGCUUCACUGUGAUUGAUAUUGGCACUUAUGGCAGAGAGGGAGAUGCCGGUAUCUUUGCGUCUUCACAGUUUGCAAUGGACUUGGAAAAUGGUUCUUUAGGAAUACCACAUCCAUCUCCACUAGUUUAAUCCGAUGUGAUAUCAACCCACGUCUUUGUUAUGGAUGACGCAUUUCCCUUGAUGAAAAACAUCAUGAAACCUUAUCCCGGCAGAUCGUUAGGCACCUUGCUAGAAGGAGAAAGAACUUUCAACUACAGAUUGUCGCGUGCAAGACGAACGGUGGAAAACGCAUUUGGAAACAUCGUCAGCAAAUUGCGCAUUUUUUUCAAACCAAUCAUUGCUAGUCCGUCCAAUGUUGAGAAGUACAUAAAAGCCGGCGUGGCUUUGCACAAUAUGCUUAUCCGAGAAGACAGUCGUUUCUAUUUAGACAAUCAAAAUUUACCAGACCAUUUUGAUGCUAACGGAAAGUUAAUUGAAGGAGCGUGGAGGAGUGAUGCUACCGCAAAAUCGAUUUUUCAUGAUUUUCCUUUGACCAAAGGAUCAAAUUACACAACUAUUGCAAAAAAAUUCCGUAACCAGGUCAAAGAAUACUUCAUGAAAGAAGGAGCUGUAACUUGGCAAAGUGCAAUAGUAAAUGAAACUGGGAUGAUCUCUGAAGAGGAAGACCAUGAGUAAUUAUUUCAGAAUUUAUUUCAUCACUAUUGUACAUCACAUUCUUUCGAGUUAAUGAAUACAGAUAAUGAGCAGUUAGUACAGUGGACGCAAUUUUCUUUCAAAGCAUGUCUAUGUGUUAACAUUGUUCAAUCUAUCCUCUUCCUUCUUCUUCUUCUUUUUAGCUUUUUCCUUCUCCUUUUUUCCUGCGUCAUACAACAUUUGCUCCAUAUUGAAGCGGAUAUCAUUUUUGAUGCUUGUACUUUUUAUCUUUGCAACUACCGAAAACAUAAGAACAGAUUCUGAAUUGAAAUUUGAAACUUA